CUUAGAUCAGUUUAUUUACCAGAAGUUGUGGUCAAAAUGCAGUCCGAAAAAAUACAUAAACUGACCCAGGGCCGGCUUAGUCUAGACUCUACACACGUUGCGUAAACUGACAUCUACUUCCUUGUCGGACGCGACAGUUUCAGGCAUCAUAGACAUGACCCUGAGCCUCUCAAACCCCAAUAUGUGGUACAGGCUGGUUCUGCAGGGAUCUGCACAUACACACGCACUCCGAUCUAUACACAGCGCUCUACCGGGACGACACGGCACGUUAUCUAAUGCCAUGGCAUCUUUGAGACUCCAUUGCCUGGCCCGGGUACAGAUGUCCAGGACAACCAGAUGUUUACCUCCACUCUGCAGCAGAGCGUUUUCAUCUCUACCUCCUCCACCCGGUCAAAAGUCCAAGUCCAAAAAAACCGGGCCUGUGACGUGGAAAUCUUUAGCCAUCACAUUCGCCAUCGGCGGCACUGUCCUGGGUCUCAUGAAGUACUUCAAGAAGGAAAAGGAAGAACUGCUUGAGAAGGAGCGUAACAAGUCGAUAGGCAAGGCUGCGCUGGGCGGCCCCUUCUCCCUGGUGGACCACAACAACAAACCCAGCAAGAGCGAGGACUUCCUGGGCCAGUGGGUGCUGCUCUACUUCGGCUUCACGCACUGCCCUGACAUCUGCCCUGACGAGAUCGAGAAGAUGAUCGAGGUGGUGGACGCCAUAGACAAGAUAAAAAGCAUCCCGAACCUCACCCCGCUGCUCGUCACGAUCGACCCCGACAGGGACACCGUGGAAGCCAUGGCCGCCUACGUGAAAGAGUUCUCUCCCAAGCUGGUGGGUCUGACAGGAACGAAGGCCCAGGUGGAGCAGGUGUCCCGGGCCUACAGGGUCUACUACAGCCAGGGGCCCAAGGAUGAGGACAACGACUACAUUGUGGACCACACCAUCAUCAUGUACCUGGUGGGUCCGGACGGAGACUUCCUCGAGUACUUCGGCCAGAACAAGACGAGCACAGAGAUCACGGGCUCCAUCGCGGCGUACAUGAGGAAACACAAGAAGGGCAAAUAGAGACUGGAUCGACCUGCUCAGGAAAACCCCAGGCCAUCACCAGGGACUGAAUCUCCUGACUCCUGACUGAUGAUCACACGCUAUGAUAACAAAUGACCAAUGAUUAUUCAGAUGCUUAUUUUCUAUGUAUUUAUUUUUUUAAGAAAAAGCGGUUGUGUGGGUGGACUGCAGUGGUCUUAUGGAUGGCGGGUUUGUUGCUGCCCCUCCGGCGUGGAUUAGAAGUUAAAUCAAAGAUAACUCAACCAUGAAGUCUGAUACACUUUAGAACGCUGGCUGCAUCAGAAGAAUGCAAUGUAAUGGCAGAUUGCCUUCACCGUGGGUAGCAGCUAAUGCCUGGAGCUUUGGGCAGUGAAAUAAACACUACCACAACCAGCUUAAAAAAGAUGGACCCCAUUUCAUGAUAAAAGUGCAAUUUUGAAGAAAAGAAGAACUUUUUUUGUUCAUUGUAAUCACUGUCUUUUUUUUUCGCUAUGUUUUGCAUUGUUUCUGCACUACUGGCCAUCUUGAUAAAGGGUUUAACUAUUUUCGUUUCAGUUAUUUUUGUUCUGAGAUUUAAGAAAAUAAAAAAGUCAAACAUUGUCA